UUAGUCCAGCAUAACGUUGAUACUGUUGAACAGAAUUGUUAUUGUUAAGGUGUUUUGCACCAGUUCAUUAUGGGAGUACUGCAGAACAUCAAGGAUUUUAGAAAGUAUUCAAAUCAAUAUUUGGCUGCUUUUACAGGCACACUCCUGACCUUCUCCGUGAUUGCUUCGUACGGAUGGACAUCACCUACGCUUCCGAUUCUACUCGCCGACGAUUCUCCACUGCCAAUCACUCCGGACGAAAGUUCAUGGAUAGUUUCGAUCCUGGUGCUCGCAUCGAUUGCCGGUCCCAUACCGACGGCUUGGGCAGUUGACAAAUUUGGUCGCAAGUACACUAUGCUGUUCGCUGCCAUUCCCACCAUCAUCGGCUGGAUACUGAUCGGGGUCGCGCAGUCCGUCCCAGUGCUGUACGUGUCUCGUUUGCUGAGUGGAAUAUCCUACGGAAUGCAGUAUUCUUCCAUGCCACUCUACCUCGGUGAAAUAGCGUCAGACGCCAUUCGUGGCUCAAUCGGGACGCUUCUCACUGUUAUGGCGAAGGCUGGAAUUCUGGUCGAAUACAGUGUAGGGCCGUACGUUGGUUUUCGUACGCUGGCCUGGAUUUCUCUCGUGUUUCCCAGUGCGUUUUUCGUCCUUUUCAUGUGGAUGCCGGAGUCUCCGUAUUACCUAUUAGCAAAGAACGAUCAGGAAUCGGCAGCGAAAAGUUUACGAUGGUUGAGAAAACGUGAUGAAGUUCAUGACGAGCUUAUUAUGAUGAAAACAGCCGUGGAAAAAUCUAAGCAAAAUAAAGGAACUUUUCGGGAGCUUCUAACGCCCGGUAACAGACGUUCACUGAUUGUGGUGCUAGGUCUAGGAGCAUUACAGCAGCUUUGCGGAAGUCAAGCAGUUAUUGCUUACUCACAGCAAAUUUUCGAAGAAGUUCAGAGCGGUCUGAAAGCACACGAAUCAUCCAUUAUAAUGGCAGUGAUUCAAUUAAUUACAGCAACUCUAUCUUCUUCGAUCGUUGAUCGAGUUGGUCGUAGGCCACUGUUGCUAAUAUCCACUGCAGGCUGUGCGAUAGGUACAUUCAUCGUUGGGUUGUACUUUUUCCUUCAACAACAAGGUGUCGCCGUACAAAGUGUCAGCUGGAUACCAUUGGUGGUAAUAAUGUUGUACAUCAUCUCCUACACUAUUGGACUCGCAACAGUACCAUUCGCUGUUUUGGGAGAGCUAUUUCCUGCCAAUGUUAAAGCCGUUGCUGCCGCAAUGUACACCAUGUUUGCUUCCUCCGUUGGCUUCGGAGUUGCUAAACUGUACCAGGUGAUAUCCGAUGAGCUUGGGACUUAUGUGUCGUUUUGGAUUUUUGCUGUCUGCUCCUCGUUGUUUGUAAUAUUUGUGUAUUUAUUGGUACCCGAGACCAAAGGCAAGCCGUUGGACCAAAUCCUCGAGGAGAUGCGCUUCUCGCAGAACCGAAGUCUAACCAACUGUUGUCGACGAGGAAAGACGGUUAAACUGUAGACACUAUACCGGUUCCAUGGAUCAGCGAAAGCAGUAAUAUUUUUUUUCUUGCAGCAAGCAACAAUGUAGGGUUUUUUUGAAAAUCAAGGUUUUGCGUUUCGACUUCGUCUCAUCAGUAACUGGCAGAAAUGACUUGGUUACCAAAUAAACACUAAAGUGCAAUCUGGGUGAAGCCCACAAGCAUAGAAGUUUGGAUUGCGCAUUGUCUUGUCAGCCGAACCAUGUUUUGAACUCGCUACGUUCUCAACAACAAUCAGAACUUCUGUGCUUGUGGGACAUCAGUGGGCAGUUUGUUUAUGAACGUGUUCCUUUUUUAUAUAGCGAUUUCUACCAGAUACUUGACUUGUGUGGUCUUGAUGCACAAAUUAGAUUGACCUCAUUUUUGCGGGCAGUAAUGUAGCAUAGAACUAAAUGUUUUUGCGAUCUAAAUUGUAUUACAAAAUUACUAAAAUCGAUGGUCUAUGGAAUCUGUAGUACUUGUAGGUUUAUCCAAAGAAGUCUGAAUGUGGAACGAUCCAUUACUCUCUUUUGUUCAAACAGUAAAUA